AUGCUACAUGCGGGUCAGGGGAACGAGUUGUCGCCGCCUCCGGGCUACUCAGGCGAGUUACCCAUGUUUUGUCGAAUAGCAGGUGUCGGGUACGACUUGGUUUUGAUGGGCGGGUGGGACCUAGACUCGUGGAAGUCUUCGAAUUCGGUGCUCAUUUAUAACUUCAUGUCGGCUAACUGGGGACGCAGGGCCGACAUGCCGGGCUGGCCCACGACGUUUUUCGCCUGCGCGUCUGAUUUGAAACGGAGGCAAGGGCAGUUUGAGAGAAGCGCCGAAGCCCUUGACGUUGCCAUGUGCAAGUGGGACCCAGCAGAAGAGGAAUUCCUGGGAUCGGCCACGUGCCUGAGGACCGGCGGGGAUGGUGGUGAUGGAGGGAGAGUUUACAUGUGCCGCGGUGGGGAAGUGGUGGCAUCAGAAGGCGGCACGUGGGAAGCCGUGGUGGAACUGCCAUGUGAAAUCCGGGAAGUGGCGCACAUGAGUAUGGGGUUGGAGGGAAUGUUGUUGGUGAUUGGAUCUAGUGGGUAUCCAGAACCAUAG